GUUCUCUUGAUCCCUUCUGUAUUAUCCCUGGCACUUUCCCUCCCGCCGCCGCCGCCGCCGCCGUUGUCGCCGCCGCCGCUCCUGCUCCGACGGUAGUCUCCCUGCUCAAUCCAAAUUCCAGAAAGUUCCAUGCCACAGACCUGAAGAUUUCAAAAGAAAAUGUUAUAUUUGCGCCAUUUCCUCCUCAUCUCCUUUUCGAUUCUGUUAAUCUGUUCAUUGUUGGUACCGGUGGCGAUAUCCGACGAGGCCCCGAAAUUUUCGGCGUACGAAAUUCUGAAGGCCCACGGGCUGCCGAUGGGGUUGCUCCCCAAGGGAGUGAAGAAUUUCAGCUUUGAUGACUCUGGGAAAUUCCAAGUCCACCUAGAUCGCGCCUGCAAUGCCAAGUUCGAGAACGAGAUUCACUACGAUAUGAAUGUUUCCGGGAUCCUAAGCUUCGGGCAGAUCAACGAGCUAUCCGGAAUUUCGGCGCAGGAUUUGUUUCUGUGGUUCCCUGUUCUCGAAAUCCGAGUCGAUAUCCCGAGUUCUGGAUUGAUUUACUUCAAUGUCGGCGUUGUUUCCAAGCAAUUCUCCCUGUCUAUGUUCGAAACUCCGAGGGAUUGUUUGGAGGGACCGCGUUCAGAUCUUGUAGGCGGAAGGGAAAUAGCGCAAACUGUUUCUAAGAUUCGAUUAGGGAAGUUGGAGAAUCAGCAUGGUGAAGAUAAUGCUGCAAGAACGGCGUUGUAGAUUAUGUCGGUGGGAGAUGAUAUGAUGCACAUUAGCUCAAUCAUGUUAUGGAAUUUGUGUAUGUACAGAUCUGCAAAGUCUGUUCUGGCAACCAUCGUAUUUCUUCUUUCUACUGUUGCAUGUUUGCUGUUCAUUCUGUAGUCAUGCCGAGUCCUCUCCAAAACAUGGUCGACAAAAGGAGGCAUUCAUUCAACAGAUCAAUCAAUGGCAGCGAUACAAAACUAGUUUAAAAAAUCUUUGGAUAUUGGGGCAAAAUAUCCAUGGGGGAGAGCAUGUGCAUUCGUGGUUCAGGUGAUGAAUUUGCCCCCGAGUGUUCUAUAAUGCGAUUAAGGAUGUGAACUUUAAGCACGAUUCUUGAACUGAUUUAUCUUUUUUCUUGUAGUAUAAUGAUAGAUGUGAGCUCACUUUGCAUACUUUGGUUGUGGAUGAAAUUAAGGAAUAAAAGUACUGCUUUUUCAU